GGGAAACUCAAGAUGACGUCCCCUCCAGCUUCGCCGUCCACUUUCACUUUCCCUCUCCGCGCUGGGCGGGCAGAAGCAGCGGCGCCUGAGUGGCGAUUUCCUUCCGGGGUCCCGCUCGCUUCUGUUGCUCCAAAUUCUCCAGCACGGCGGCAGGCGGAGGACAGAGGUACAUUUGACUGAGGGGCACAAUGUCACACACUCCCCGCUGCAAACUAGUUGACUAUUUGGAAGAGCUGAAUGAAGAGGAAUUUGAGAAAUUUAAGAUGCACCUGGAGGACUACCCAGUAGAGAAGGGCUACAAGCCUAUUUGCCGCUCCAAGACUGAGAAAGCUUCCCACAUUGAAAUAGCCCGAUACAUGAUUGAGGCAUUUGAUGAUAUCAAGGCCGUGAAGAUGACCGUCAGCAUUCUAGACAGAAUAAAUAAAAAGGAUCUGGCAGCAAGAAUCCGAAAGGAGAUGCCGGAAUAUUUCCUUCCAAAACCAUCCACCAUGACCAAGAAAGAAAAAAAGGAACGAGAAAAGAAAAUACUGUCGAAUCUACAUGACAAGUUUUUUGGGAUCCCAAAGAAAGAAAAUACCAUUCUAAUCUCUUUAUCUACAACUUUAGUUGAAGUGAUCUUGGAUCCCAAGACAGCUUAUCCCGCCCUCAUCCUUUCAGAAGAUCGGAAAAGAGUACAUAUGGGGGACCAAACCCAGAUCCUUGUUGACAACCCUGAGCGUUUCUGUUUUUUACCAGGUGUUUUGGGAGCAGAAGGCAUUGAGUCUGGGACUCUAGAAUGGGUGGUGGAAGUGGGCAAGGCCAAAGAGUGGGCUAUUGGGGUUGCCCGGGAAUCAGUGGAAAGAAAAAAUUCAGAAGAUAUCACCAUUACUCAAGGAUUCUGGGUAUUGCAGCUAGCACAAGGAGAAUACCAAGCAUCUACAAGCCCUCCAAUCAAACUUACACUUUGGAAAUCACCACAAAGUGUCUUGAUUAUCCUGGAGCAUGAUUUUGAUAGGCUCAUCUUUUAUAAUGCUGACUCAAUGGAACAUAUCUUUACUUUUAAUUAUCCAUUUUCUGAGAAACUGUUCCCUUUUCUCCUAGUGAGGGACAAAGAGAUUCCCUUGAAAAUUUCUCCAAGAACUUCAGUGUGACAA